AUGGAGUCGAGUGUGCUAAGUGUGCCUGUGAUGGGCUUGAGUGUGCUAAGUGUGCCUGUGAUGGGUUCGAGUGUGCUAAGUGUGUCUGUGAUGGGCUUGAGUGUGCUAAGUGUGCCUGUGAUGGGUUCGAGUGUGCUAAGUGUGCCUGUGAUGGGGCUUGAGUGUGCUAAGUGUGCCUGUGAUGGAGUCGAGUGUGCUAAGUGUGUCUGUGAUGGAGUCGAGUGUGCUAAGUGUGCCUGUGAUGGGUUCGAGUGUGUUAAGUGUGUCUGUGAUGGGCUUGAGUGUGCUAAGUGUGCCUGUGAUGGGUUCGAGUGUGCUAAGUGUGCCUGUGAUGGGCUUGAGUGUGCUAAGUGUGCCUGUGAUGGAGUCGAGUGUGCUAAGUGUGUCUGUGAUGGGUUCGAGUGUGCUAAGUGUGUCUGUGAUGGGCUUGAGUGUGCUAAGUGUGCCUGUGAUGGGUUCGAGUGUGCUAAGUGUGCCUGUGAUGGGCUUGAGUGUGCUAAGUGUGUCUGUGAUGGAGUCGAGUGUGCUAAGUGUGUCUGUGAUGGGCUCGAGUGUGCUAAGUGUGCCUGUGAUGGGCUCGAGUGUGCUUUCUGUCAGAUAUAA